AUGCACUCCAGUGGCAAACAGUUCCAGCCGAGCCCUUCCUGCAUCCUGCUCCUGCUCCUGUUCGUCCUUGCAGCGAGUAUUGCAGGAGAUGGGAAUGCUGGAAAUGCUAGCUCCGGUUUGGGCCACAGUCGCAGCAAACGCUUGGCCAUUUUCAAUGGCCAGGGCACAAACAAGUUGGUCGGUGGCUUGGCGUUUCCCAUCAAACAGACGGAUACGGUGCAGUCGGUUUGGGGAUUCGUCAACUACCAGGCGCAAUACGUGCCAUCGCCCAUCCCAAUCUACUGGUGGAGUUUCUGGAACACCUCGGCUUUUGUGUCCACCGCCAGGGAGUGGAGGAAAGCCAUCCACAGCCGGGUUGCCCAGGACGAGACACGAGUGUGGCUGUACGAUGUCGUGGAGACGGGCUUGGAGCGGUUCGCAGAUCGGAAUGCAGGUGCCUGUUUGCUGAAAAGUAUCUGUGAGAUAUCCCAACGCCCCUUUAUGCACAACCACAUUUUCGGCGAGAUACUCAAUGCGGUGCUGGUUCCAUCGCUGGAUAAUGUGCCUGAAAAGUAUCUGCAUGCCCGGAAUGCCGGAAAAGCUGGUGCCAAUUGCCGGAAAACGUACAGUGACUGCAGCAAGGAGCUCUGGCAUAAACUCAUGCAAAUGGCCAGGAUAACCAUCUAA